AUGAAAACAUGUUUUAUGGCUCUGUUAAAAGCAACUAAAGAAACAAGAGACUCAGUGAUGGUUUGGCAGAUGAUCCUAUGGGACUGGGACUUGAAACAAUGGUUCAGAAAUUAUCAAUAUCAGAAUUUGAGUAGUGGUUAUGGAUUGGAUCCUGCUGUUAUGGGUGAGGCGCAAAGCCUGGUUACAGAUCUUCUCGCUGACCCAUCCCUCCCUUCGAACAUCACCACAUCCCUGCGAACCAUCAACAGCCUGAUUGCAUCCCAACUCACAUUCUCUAAUACACAUAGACCAAGAGUGAAUCCACUUACAUCAUUUUCUGAGUCUUACUCCUGUUCAGAAAUGGAGGACUUAUCAGAUAAAGGGGAAAAAAUAUUUCCAAAGCGUUUAAGACGAAGUUUACCAACUGGACAGCUUAGAAGAAACACAGGAUCAUGGACAACCACCACAUCAGCUACUGGUUUGCCAACAAUGGAACCUGCUCCUCUUAGAUGGGACCGAAGCAAUGGAAUGAGACCCCAUCCAGAGAGUGGGUCAGUGAGUACUUUAAAUGCAGGUUCACAGGCAAAUGGGCCUUCCAGUUCAAACCUGUUGACAAUUCCCAAAUCUCGGUCUGCAUCCCUAUCUUUAACAUCUCAUCAUGUUGGACCCAGACGGGCAGGUAUUUCUCCUAGCCUCAGUCCUGUGAAUUCCCCAAUUCAUGGUCCUGGGUCAAUAACGGGUUUCAACCGCUCACCGGUGGAAUUUCCUGAUACAGCUGACAUACUGACCAAACCCAGAGUGACUCUUCAUAAACCUAUUGGAUAUACACUCAGUUCUCCAGAUUUUCAGCAAUCUUUUAGAAUGUCCAGUAGUGCUGUCUGCAGCAGUUGUGGACGAAAUAUGCUUAGACCUGUACAAAAUAUAGAUUCAGGAGACAGCAGUUUGCAGUCAGUUGCAGAAUCGCCCUGCACCAAAAGACAAGAUGAAGGUACAGCUCCUGACAAUGGAUUUAAGGAUGAACACAUAUCUGGAGUUGACAAAAGGGAACAAUUAGAAAAUGAAGGAUCCAUGAAAUUUACUGGUAUUGAGGACCAGCAGAUGCAAGCACAAAAUAAUCAGUCUGGGCUGCCAGAACUUUCAGUUGAGCUGAUCGAAGGACAAGGCACUGACCUAUGCAUGGAAAAGCUAAAUAAUUGGAAUUUUCCCAUUUUUGAACUUGUGGAGAUGACAGGUGGACAAUCUGGAAGAAUUCUUAGUCAGGUCAUUUACUCCCUGUUUCUUGAUACUGGCUUAUUUGAUCUCUUUAAAAUCCCUGUUCGGGAAUUUAUAAGCUACUUUCGUGCACUGGAAAAUGGUUACCGUGACAUUCCAUACCACAAUCGUGUCCAUGCCACUGAUGUGCUUCAUGCUGUUUGGUACUUAACUACUCGACCUAUUCCAGGAUUCCAGCAAAUAAACAGUGAUCACAUCAUGGGAAGUGAUACAGAUUCUGAUAGUGGAAUAUCACCAGGCCGGGUUGCCUACAUGUGCUCCAGAAGUUGUGCCAUUUCUGAUGAUAGCUAUAACUGUCUUGCAUCAAACAUCCCAGCUCUGGAGUUAAUGGCACUUUAUGUUGCAGCUGCCAUGCAUGAUUAUGAUCAUCCUGGACGUACAAAUGCAUUUUUAGUAGCAACAAAUGCACCUCAAGCUGUCCUUUAUAAUGACAGAUCCGUCUUAGAGAAUCACCAUUCUGCCGCUGCAUGGAACUUGUUUAUGUCCCGUUCAGAGUUCAACUUCUUGGCAAAUCUGGAUCAUGUUGAGUUCAAACGUUUUCGUUUCUUGGUGAUCGAAGCAAUCCUUGCUACUGAUUUGAAAAAGCAUUUUGACUUCCUUGCUGAGUUUAAUGCAAAGGUAAACGAAGUCAAUAAUCCAGGAAUUGAUUGGACCAAUGAGAAUGAUCGUCUGUUAGUAUGCCAGGUGUGCAUAAAACUGGCCGAUAUCAAUGGCCCCGCAAAGAUGAGGGAGUUGCAUCUGCAAUGGACAGAAGGCAUUGUCAAUGAAUUCUAUGAACAGGGAGAUGAAGAAGCAAGUCUUGGGUUACCCAUUAGUCCUUUCAUGGAUCGGUCUUCACCUCAGCUAGCAAAGCUGCAGGAAUCUUUCAUUACACACAUUGUAGGUCCUCUGUGUAAUUCCUAUGCUGCUGCAGGAUUACUACCAGGUCAGUGGGUGGAUGAUGAUGAUACUGAUCCGGAAUGUGGUGAGGAUGAUGAGGCAGAAGAUUUAGAAACUGAAGAUGAAAUAGAUGAUGAGGACCUUGAUCUUUCAACAAGGCAGGGAAGGAAAAGAAAAGGAAGGCGGAGAAUCUUCUGUCCGAUUAUGCAUCACCUAACAGAAAAUCAUAACCUGUGGAAGAAAGUCAUUGAAGAGGAGGAACAUGAACAGCAAUGCAAGUCAGAGUUAAAUAUACAACAAACAGAUAACUCAUCUUUACCUCAAACUUCAGAUGAAAUCCAGGUAAUUGAAGAAGCAGAUGAAGAGGAAGAGAGACCACAAGGGGAGGAGAGACAGUGCUGAGAAGAGAAGAUGCAGUGCUAAUUAAUCAACAUAUUAAAGCCUCACUCUGCUGACACCAGAGACUGAUAUACUUGUUAAAAGGCCUUAAUACUGUGAGAGGAUUCUAGCACUCAGCAGAAUCCCACUCCUAUAUGCACUUUCACCCAUGGAAAGAUUCGUGUAUACCAUGGAACAAAGCCCUUGUGCCCUGUGGUGUCCAAAUGUUUUCAUGUUGAUGCUGCCUUUCAGAAUGAAGAGUGCUCAAUUUCCAUGUGGUACUGGAGGAUGUUGCAAAACUUCAGCUUAGCAACUGCUGUUACCAAAGUGAACUACAAGUUUACUGUAUUCCGUUAGUAAGGAGGAAGGUGGACUUUAGGCAUGUAUCAGAUGUCCAGCAUCUAUAUCAGGUGGACUUGAAAAUUGUGGAUUGUAUCUGUAGCAAUUCAGAAUGGAGCACUGCAGUAAAGAGCCUUGUUGUAAGGGCCCCUGAUUUUUUUUUCUCUGAAAGUAUCUGCUUUUAUGCGGGUAAAAUUCUUGUAGAAUCUUUGUCUCAUUAUUUGACUGCAGAAGAGAAUGUCAGUGACUAAAAAUUCUAGCUGCAUCAUUUUUUUUGAUGCUUUUUAAUGUACAAUUUGCCUUGUUGGAUUUUGCCUUUCUUGUGCUGGAAGUAGCCAGGAAUGCACAGUGGCCAAGCAUUUCAGUUUGCCCGAACAUAACUGUUCUGUAAUAGAACAGAAGAGUAAUGUUAAUGAUGAAGGGAUUUUUAAUAUUAUAGUUCUUUUCUCACUGCAACUCAGGAUCCAUGCUAAAAUACAUGAAACAAUGCCAUUGAAGUUAUGCAGGUUGAAAGAGAAAAAACAAUUGACAUAAUUAACAUGUUAUUUUGAAUCUAAUUUUGUUUGGGAAAUUCAACUGGUCUUUCAUGUCACGUACCAUACACAGACCUCCUCACUUAUGUAUCCACAUUGCUAAUAAUAUGCAUUGGUUAUUGCACAUCUUGAGGCUGAAAGGUUACUGUGUAUUCCAUUCAGUAUACCUUGAAAAUAGUAAAAUACUUGCCAAUAUGAUUUCAAUAUGUUGGAUUUUGUCAUAUCGUAUAGUAUGUAGUUCUAUUUUUUCACAGUAGAAACUCUAGACAUUCCACAAGGGCAUCGUACCUAUUCAUAACUAUUUAUCUGCAAAUUCAUCCAGUGUAAAAAUGGUUGCAAAGAAGAUGCAUGUACAGCUCUUACACAAUAUUUGUAAGUUAGUUUAGGCUGCAGGUAUGUAAUUUUCUUAUGCAGACUGUACAAAUAGCUACUGGAAUGGUUGUGCACAUUUUUAAUACCAAACAAGUGUUUUUAGUUAUGCACAGACUGAUGCCUACAUUAUAAAAAAGAUUAAUUCAUCUGAAAAUGUUUGUAUUAAUAAUAGAUUGUAUCAAAAUGCAUUUUAUAUACCUUUACGGAUGAUGCGAGUAGUGGGUCUGUAAAUAGCACGAGAUUUCAACUCAUCACUGUCAGCAGGAAUAAGGUUUUUGAUAGCCAUGGGAGCAUUUUCUCACUCCUUAAUUUCUGCACCAAUGUGUUUGUGUGCCUUUUCUCAGCCACUUAGAAUAUUAACGCACUCAACCUCAAAUUGUCAUAUUGGUCAUAAAGUGAAUGCCAAGCUCUUUGUCCUAUUGUCUGUAAUAGAUCAGAAAUCUUAAGUCAGUGUGCCAGUAAUAUGCAUAACACAUCACAGUAAACCACCCCAGGGACUAAUAAUAUUGAUAAAACAAGGGGGAGGCGGAAAUAUAGAGGUACUAUACUUGAUUGAUAAAGGAAGGAAACGUUAAGCAAACUGAAUGCUCCAACUAUGGUUGUCAGAUCUUUUAUAAGCUGUGCACUAAAUGUUAAAAAUAUGAACACAUCCCAACAGCACAUACUGUAUGUAAUUUAUUCCAUUAAAAUCCUUGUUUAUUUUGUGUGUAUGUGUAUAUAUGUUAAUAUAUACGCAUUUUAUAUAUAUAUGUUAUAUAUAAAAAAGCACACAUUUGUUUUGUCAUGUCCAAAAUUAGUAGCAUUGUCUGUCUGACAGACAACCUUGGUGUUUAAACAUUUUGCAUCUUGAUUGUGUUUAAAUACUUAUUUUUUUAAAAUGUGACUCGGCAAACACGUUUGUUUUUCAGACAAUAGUACAGAAAACUGCUACAUCUUCUGUUUUGUAUUUAUCAGUAGUUAGGGCAAUCUACUUGCUCUAUAAAUUAGUAUAUAAUUUUUAUAAUUGUUUUCAGUGGAUUUUUAAAAUACUGCCUACCAAGUGGUUAACCUACAGCAUUUUUAAGCAAACAGUAAUAUGGUACAUUUUGCGUCAAUUUCUUGCCUUGUGUUUGCUCAAGUUGUUCUCGCUCUGGAAAUAUAUUUUUUUUAACUCUG